AUGGUGGGACGAGACAGCGACGGUGAUGGCAGAUCUGGGCGGCAGCGGCGGUUGGAUGUCGCGAACGAGGUGGCAGCGGCGGUCGAAUGUCGCGAACGGGACGGAGGCGAUAAAUGGACGUCUGCAAUUCUCAGGCGGAUGAAACAGAGCCCAUCUGCUCCUAAACUAGCGGGUCGGCGGCGGGCGGUGGUGGGACAAGUCCCGACGAGGUACUUCACGGCUGAAUUCAUGUCCAUCUUACAUCGACGGGACGACGGCAAAGUGGCGGAUCGAAGAUGUUGUCGACCUUGGUUUUCCGAUCUCAGGCAGAGGCGGCCGUCGUCGAGCUCGACAGCGGAGGAGGCUGUUUCGGCUGAGGCGAGUGCUGCGGGUAACCGGCGCCUAUCGACGGGCGUUCCGAUCGACCGUCGCCGGCGGCGGCCAGUCUCCGAUCUUCCCCCUCUGUCCGGCUUCAUGGCCUUCGCCAUCGAGAGCCUUCCGGAUCUAGCUUUGCUGACAGUAGGUGAGAAGUUAAUUCUGAUGCCGGCAGCGGAGGGAAUGCUUGUCCCAUCACCGGCAGCAGGAGGUGAGUUUGGUGCUCACGGCAGUAGCGUCACUGCCGUCCCUUCAGGCCCGUCUUUGCUGACGCCCAGCCUCACCGUUGUCACUUUCGGAGAGCCAACAUCGUCGCCACCGUCUCUUGAGGAGAACAUUUCGCGAGUGGUCGUCGUACUCCUGGCCACGUUCCCGGAGUUAGUAGCCUCGCCAUCUCUAGCCGUCUCUUUCGCUAAGCUGCCAUCUUCGAAUUGCUCUCCCCUUGGCGAAAACUUCAUCUCCUCUGGCCAGUCAACAAACCUCUGCGAAGUUUGGCCGCCGCCUUGGAUGGUCAAUAGGAAAUUUCCCCAAUCGCCUUAUAUCCUCUUGCUAUGUGGUAAGGUUUGA